GCGCGGGAAUGCCAAAGGUUUAGGCGGGAAAUGUAGCAAGUGCGGUCAAGUGCGAUUAAGUGUGAUGAUUCGGUGUGAUAUUCGAUUGAAUGGCUACACAAACAGUAGAAUAACGUGACUGUUUAAAUAUAAUUGUUCUUCGAUGUGUUCUUCUAAUUUCGUAUUCGUAUUAUAAUAUAUCUAAAUUUAUUUACGCGUUAUCCUUAGUUUUUGGUUAACUAGAACUCGUUAACACACUUCUCUCCAAGUGUCUAUUAAAAUUUUAGCUUGUCCUCGACCUAAUAUUUCGAUUAUUUUAUUAAAAGAGACUGAUAGUUCUAUUUUGUUUAUCGUGGUAAACAUUUGGUCGUACUAAUAAAAAAAAUGACUAAUUCGCCUGUGAAGUUAUACAAACGGCCAUUUACAGUAUGUAUAGAGGGAAAUAUAGGAAGUGGAAAAACGACGUUCUUAAGUCAUUUUAAGCAAUUUAACAAUACAACAGUUCUACAGGAACCAGUAGAUCUUUGGCGAGACGUAGCUGGAACUAAUUUACUAGAAUUGAUGUACUCAGAUCCAAAACGUUAUGCUUUCUUAUUCCAAUCCUAUGUGCAAUUAACAAUGCUUCAACUUCACACAUAUAAAACUCCCUUGCCAUACAAAAUCAUGGAAAGAUCUGUGUAUAGUGCAAGGUGUUUUAUUGAAAAUAUGAAGCGCACAAACAUGUUAACCAAUGUAGAAAUUUUAGUAUUGGAAGAUUGGUAUGAUUGGUGUAUAAAAAGUGCUAAUAUAGAAACAGAUUUAAUAGUGUAUAUUAGAACAUCUCCAGAAGUUGUAUAUCAGAGGAUGAAAGCAAGAGCAAGAAAGGAAGAAAAUUGUGUAUCUUUAGAAUAUUUAAAGCAAAUUCAUGGCAUCCACGACGAUUGGCUUUAUCAUCAAACAUUAUUCAAUAUACCAGCGCCAAUUUUAAUUCUAGAUGGGAACAAGAAUCUUGAAGAAAUGGUAAAUGAAUUUGAAAAUUGUAAAAAUCGGAUUUUCGGCAAGAAAGAUGUCGAAAAAAAAGAAGCAGAAAGUAUAGUUACUCCGUUAUCAUCAAGACAUUCUCUGACAGAGAUUAAAACAGGUCCAUCUCAUUGACAUAUACAAAACAUCUAAUGUACCGGUAAUUUUUUAAUUUUUUUACAUUAAAUCAUUGUACAUAUGUAAUAAAGAGUAUUGCAUAAUAUUAAUUGAAAGCAAACUUUAAUUGUAUAUCUAUAUAAAUGUACUUACAUGUAGACAUUAGCUGUAAGACUGAUUGGAAUUGGACUGUUAAGAAACGAAAUUGUAUAUAUUAGAAUAAAACUAUGUAGUAAAUAAA